AUGGCUCCCAGAGCGAAGAAACGCAAGGCCGAGGGACAACGCGAGGAGGCGGCAGUGGCUCAAAUCCCAUCCACCAAGAGACGGAAAGCCACGGCGGUGACAAAAACUAGUAAUCGUGCAACCAUUGAAAUGAUCCGGAGAAAUUCGCGGGACUCGCCACUCCUCUCAUUGCCGAUCGAGAUUCGGGAGAAGAUCUUACUGUUCUUAAUUGGAAAUAGAUGUGUCCACUUAAAGCUGCGAGAAAUCCGGGAUUGGGCCCUUUAUCCGAACAAUUGGCAAGCAAUUAAGGUUGCUCAAAAAAAGUCUUUUUCUCAUACUGCAUCCGAGUUUGAGGAAAAUCCAGGUAUCUCACCAAGGAAAGCGAUCACAACCAGUGUAUCCCGUCCGGAAAGAUCAACGGAUCGCCACGAAUCCUGUUGCAUGGACGAUCUUACCAGGCGAGAAGGUAAGGUGCUAGACUUAGGGAUUCUGAGCAGUUGUCGUCAACUCUAUGAGGAGGCUCAGAGUGUCCUUUGGGUCACAAACACCUACAUUUUUAAUGAUCGCUCUUCCUUACUAGAAUUUGCAAAUACGCUGAACACAGCACAGAAACGUAAAUUGAGCAAUAUUCUUAUUAGAGCUUCGAUAGAAUUCUCGUCUUGGGCACUGGCGAAAGAUACAAGGAGCCGGAAAUACUGGAUACCUACAACUACUAUCAACGCUCUAAAGUCCGUGAAGAAUCUUGAGCUGGACAUCAAAUACCAGUUCACAGGUGGUUAUAGCCGCUCAUAUGUCGAUGAAGUGAUGGUAGCUCGUGUCGCACUCGAUUGCUUCAGACCUCUUCAAGCGAUAGACCUACAACAGAUGAUCCUCCACAUGGAAGCAGAAACACGAUAUUUUCAUGAUAAGCAAGACUCAGAAAGGGAAAACCCCGCAAUCCCAAGUAUUGCGCAAGAAUUUCACUCUGCCCUCUUGGACCCAAAUGGCGCUCACAUCGCAAAGAAGUCUCGCGACAAUAAUAGAAACAAGUGGACAGAAACAGAGAUUUGCGAAGACUACCAGAAAACUAAGAUAUUGUGCCAAGCAGUCUUCAAAAAAGCCAGACGGGAUAUCGAGCGGCACAAGAUCUACGAGGUCGCGCACGUCCAGCACUUCCUGGAUAGAUUCAAAGCAACCCGAAACCAGCUCAAGGACUUGCACUCUAGAAUGUACUGGCAAGUUAAUCAUUACGAACGGAAGUCCAAAGUGGCUAAGGAUCGAAUACUGAAAUGGAAAAAGACGGAAAUCCGAAAGCGAGAAUUAUGCAAUAAGCGGCUCAGCAGGUUGGAGUGUACGCGAAAGAUAGUAGAUCCCUGUUACGACACCUUUGGUGUAGCUAAGGAAAGUAGCGAAGAAGAGGUGUCUUCGGAAGAGAGCGGGGACGAGGAGUCAAUUGGGGAGGAGGAGAAUGAGAAGGAGGAAGAGUAG